AUGGGACUGGCGCGGGCAGGGCAGGCGCGAUGGAAAUGGACGCGGAAAUGCCCCAUAAUGCCUGUGACAGCGGCUCACGUCUGCCCAUCUGGCCUAAUUGACCAAGACGUCCGUGCGUUGUUCCGUCGUUCGCACCUGCUGUCUUCAGUUGGCGGUGCAAAACGCCUGGAAAGGGCGAUCGAUCUCUACUGGAGGCCGUCGACACCUUCUAAAACCAGCGAGGCGGACUCACGCGACAGCGCGCAUUAG